AUGCCCAAGAGAAGCCUUGAGAAGUGGUUGCAUCCAACACCAAACGAGAGUGGAAGAGAUAACAACACUACGACAUUAAGUAUAGUAGAGAGGUUAAGCAUUGCAAUUGAUGUGGCCACAGCACUGGAGUAUCUCCACCACCAGUGCCAAACGCCAAUUGUUCACUGUAACUUGGAGCCCAGCAACGUUCUCCUUGACAAAUAUGUUGUUGGAGGUGAAGUAUCCAUGGAGGUCGAUGUUUACAGCUUUGGGAUUCUCUUGCUUGAAAUCUUCACAGGGAAGAGACCCACUAGGCCCAUGUUAGGUGACAACUUCAGCCUUCGUGAAUUCAUCCAGGCAUCUCUUCCUCACGAGCUGAAUCAAGUGUUGGACCCAGUCCUUUGCAUGAGAGAAUUACAGGGCAACCUUUACGAAUGCUUGGACUCAGUUCUGCGGGUCGGUCUUAUGUGCUCUAACAUGCAACCGAAGGAGAGGAUGGACAUUGGAGAGGCUGCCAUAUCACUGCGAAAGGCAAAAGCUGUUCUUCGAAUUGGCACGAGAAGAAACAGAGUGUGA